UUCUAUGGAUUGGGAAAUUUGGAGGAAAAGGCUCGAGAGUUCUCGAAAGAUAUGGCAAACUCCCAACCGACUUCCAGUCGCAAGCCCAAGCAAUACUUGCUGCGGACUUAUCCAGAUGGCUUUCAAGUCAAGGAUAUGAAGUUGUCGGAGGCUGGAUUCAAUGGGAUCCUACAUAGCCGUCUCUCUCACCCAGGCACCCACAUUAUUGCUCCCAAAAAGCUUGAUCUUCAAGAAAAGGGAUUUGCUCCAGCACUCGCUUGGUACGAGCAAACAGUGGUUCGAACAGGCGGCAUCGGCACUAUGGGAAAUUCUUACGAACUUUGGGCGUCAUCGGAAUGA